GCUGAUACGACCAAAACAAAUAUGGCGACUAAAAUGACGCUUUACGAUGCAAAACAUGCCCGGACAGUGUUUGUACUCGUCUUGGGUGGUUUCACGUGUUGAUUUAAUGGGCAUACGUCAUCUAUGAAGCCUAACAAACUCAUCAAAUGUUUACUGGGUGAGUUUUGAACGGGUAGCCCGAGACGAAACCCGGAAAAUGAACGGAAGUGUCCGCCUCUGGUUUGAACCUAAACAUCCGCCUCUGUAACGCGUGUGUUUACUAUCAUAGCUCGUCGUCUCAGCAAGAACAAUAGUCAGAAAAUAUGUUCAAAAACUUAAUCGAAACGAGGAUUAUUGUCACGCUACUGGUCCGCCUUACACAAAGGACAAAUUAAGGACUCGGACAACAUGUAGUCGACAUUAAACUUCUUCUCACUAUGAAACAAUAGGACAUGGACCUGGAAACCACCUGAAAGCGUGAAGAGUAAGCCUUUAACAUCGACAAUUUCAGAAAACAUUACCAUGGGUUUGGUAAAUUUCUUUAUCUCAACAGUAGGAAAAUGCCUGGACGCCGUCUGUUUACUGCUGGACCUGAAUUUCCUCAUCGUCCACAGUGUGGUGAGGACCAUCCUGGCUGUGAUCUCCUUUAUAACCAGCCUGCCCACCCUCCUCCUCAACGUCAUGCUGGAGGUGGGGAACUUCAUCGUGUUUUGCUCGAUGUCCACGGCAGAGGCGACGUCAAACGUAGCCCACGGGGCGGUCGCCAUCCUGGGGAGGUUGCUGCUCGCUCUGGAGGGGCUGCUGGAGAGCCUGAAGAUGGUGGGUUACCUGUCCGUGCACGUGCUGCUUCGUGGGAAGGAGCACCUGUGCCGAGGUCUUCUGUCAUUGCUUGAGGGCUGUGGCAUCGCCGCCAGCCUCGUGGUCUAUUUCGCCAACACGGUGGUCAACUUUGCACUCAUAACGGCCCAGAAUAUUUACCUGGCAGCUGUCAGCGUGUGGCAGACAGUCUCCAGUCCGCUGCAGAAGGUGCUGGAGCUCACGCUGACCUCCUUCACCUUUCUUUACAGCAGCCUGGUUGGAACUUCGGCGUUCCUGUGGUCACCCUGUAAGCUGGUGUUGGACUUCUUGGUUUCACUUGUACACAUAUUUGUCAGCAUCUUUAUAUUGAACAUCUAUGGCCUCCUGCUCACUGUCUCUAUUGCCCUGACUACCACUAUCUACCUGAACCCUGAGCUGACCCGGGAGGCUGCUGUGCGAAUCAUAGAUUACAUCAACUCUUUUCCUGCCUUGCACAGACUUUUACUAACUCUCCGAAAUCUUACUUCAACCUUGCAAAAUGCUCCGCAUGUUUUACGCAGUGCCAUGCAGCGCCUGCCAAGGAUGCUCAAUCACCUCUGCAUGUUAGAGAGAGGACUCUGGCAGCAGUUAUCUCGACUCAGCAGCCGGCUCAGUCUGGCUCUGAGGACUCAGCUCCACAGGGACAACAACAACAGAGAACGAGGAGAUGGAGACCCCGCAGAGGAGAGGCGGGACCCACCAGAUGGGAGAGCAGGAGAUGGAGUCCAUCAGGAGCUGCUGGACAAUGUUUUCCCCUCCUCAAGCACCGACAGACCACUGAAGAAGCAGUCAUCUCCAGGCAAGGAGAGCAAAGCGCUGCCUGCUGAGAAUCUGCUGACUCUGCUAAAGGAGCAGGAGGACAGGAAGAAGUGUGUUAUCUGUCAGGACUGUACCAAGACUGUGGUUCUGCUGCCAUGUAGGCACCUCUGCUUGUGCAGAGAUUGUACGGACAUCCUGCUGAGGCAGCCCAUCUAUCAACAGAACUGCCCGCUCUGUCGGCACAUGAUCCUCAACACCAUGGAUGUUUAUCUAUGAAGGCCUGACAGAAGAGGAUCUUUUCAUGACUGACUAAAUGCUACAACCAAUCUUUAAUCUUACACCACUGAAACGAUGCUGUAUGAGCUAUGUUUUUAUCUGGUUGCUUUGAAGGUCUGGUACAUUUUUCUUGAUAAAACCAAAAGUAUCAACGCCUUAGUCCCUCUUAAUGCUUUCCUGGCUCAGCUACAAGCUUCUUUAUUUUCACUGAAUUUAUAAAACUUUAAAAACAGUUCUGGAGCUGGGCUCUGUAGUUUCAUCACUUAGUUACAUAAGCAAUAAAUGUUCUCAAACAGUUGUAAUCAGGCUCAGAAUACACAGGCUAGACUGGUUUAAAAAGGGUAUUUUUAUUGUUGGUUCUGUAUUUGUUUAGGUUUAUUGCUUUAAAACUGGAGAAUAUCAUCAGAUUGUUCUUACGAGAUGAGGCUUCAGAUCUGUGCAACUUUUUGUAAACAGAAAAUAAAUGCAGAAGAUAACACAACCCAAUUCCAUACUGUAGUAUGUUCUAACUGUAUGCAGUAAGUACUGCAGGUAAAUUCUGUUCUUUCUAAAUAGUCUUCUUACAGUUUGUUUACAAGAAAUCAACAUAAACUGUUUCAACUUGUGGGAAAUAGUAAAACAGAAAUAUGAACAGUCAAAUAGAAUUACAAUUAUAAAAUGCCACAGCUAAAUAAUGAGUCAGAAAAAGUUAAAAAAAACAUUACAUUGCCACUCAGUUAUUUCUUCUGCAUUGCAUUGUGGGAUAACAGUUCCAAAUAGUUGUUAGCGAGCCUUUAUUUGUGGAAACUUUUCUUGCGGUUUUGGGUCACCUUUGUUGAAAUGUUCCAGUAUUGAUAUGUUCAGUCUCAGGUCUCGUAGCCAUGGUAACCCGUCAGCGCUCCCCCUGAUGCUGAAAUGUUUACCGCCGCUCAUGUCUUAAGAUGUUGCUGUUAUUGAGCCAAGUUGCAGAGUAACGAAACUUGCACUGCUGUAUGUAUGAAUGCUGUGUGUAUUUUUUCAAUGAAUGCUUUUUGGAAUAAUACAUUUAUAAAAGAUGGCUACUUUUUUACAGAAAAAAAGUAAAGAGUUAAGAGAGGUUUGGUGUGUUUUCUGAAAGAGAUUCAUAACUUUCCAGUCAGAUAUGUUGAACUCCAGCUUUGUUUCAGACUAAAGUUCUAUAGAUAGAGCUCCAGUCUCUCUACAGGCAUAUUGCAAUCACACCCAACAUGUAAUCUAUAGAAGGUUUUAUCUUUCCUCUGUCAUUGUAAUAAAACACAUUUCUGCUAUCUAAAAGGACCAUAAACUGACAAGGCCUCAACAGCAUCAUCUUUGUUUCUCUUUUCUUGCUUUUAAAGCCAGACUGUUUUUGGCCACUGUUCAAGGUUUACAGAGCAUUAUUGUGAUAAGAUUGAACACUUUGUUAAGGUUGUGGGUGGUGUGAUGUUAGAUCUGUUGAUUGCCCUAAUUUGCUUUUAAAAAGUGAAUAUAUGUUUUUUUGAUUUGAAGAAAUUCGAUUUCUGCCGUUUGUGUGAGUGGAGCUACAUCCUGACAUUCUUUUCCAUACAGCAUCAGUCAGAUGUCUUGAAAGUUGUUUCAAUGUCAAAUCUAUAAAACUGUAAAUAAUUCCGAGGGACCAGACCUCUCCAUAACUAAAUGAUAGCAGUUGAAUGCAAACAGCCCACAUGACCUUUAUCUGUUUUUACUUGCAGGUUGUACCACAAAGUGUGAGACUGUGAUUUGAAGACUUGAUUGUUAUUUUUUUUUUUUUUAAUGCUUUGGCUGCCAUGUAAAUGGCAAGUAUUGUGUUGAUAAUAAAACAAAGACUUAAACUGU